AUGGCAAACUCCAAGAUUGCAAUGAUGAAACAUUACAGCCCUGAAGAGGAGGAAGAAGAAAGGAUGAAGGGAGUUUCAACCAAACUAAAACUUUACACUGAUCCAUGGAAUAUAAAGAAGAGGCUAACACAAAGUGAUCUAGGUCAUCUCUGUAGGUUUUUGCUGCAAACAAGUCUGGUGGAAAAGUAUGUGUUGCCAUUCUUCAACAGGCAUCAGAUUAAUGAGGUUCAAAGCAAAGAGGGUUUGAGAGUGAUGGUGUGGGAUCAAGAUACUCAAUCCCAACACUCAUUAAUUAUGAAAAUGUGGUCAACUUCAAAGAGCUACAUUUUCAUUGACGGAUGGACUCAAAAAUUCGUCAGUAGACGAAACUUGAAGACGGGAGAUGAAAUUGGACUGUACUGGGAUCCUUACAAUGCAAUAUUUAAUUUUCAUGUUAUUCAACGUGCGGCCUAA